AUGGCGCGACUUGGGCGCAUCGGGUUCCUUGGGAUUGCGAUUGUGUUCCACGUGGCUUAUAUCUACUCCAUCUUCGACAUCUACUUUGUGUCGCCGAUUGUGGAUGGAAUGCGCGCAUACAAAGUCGAUACCCCUGAACCUCCCGCCAGGCGAUUGGUUUUGUAUGUCGGUGAUGGACUCCGAGCCGACAAAGCGUUCCAAUUCUUUCCCGACCCUUCAAGGCCGACAAACGAUUCUUCAGCGCAGGAUGUCGUCCCCAUGGCGCCUUUCCUCCGCUCUCGAGUCCUCAAACACGGCACUUUCGGCGUCUCCCACACCCGCGUCCCCAUCGAAUCCCGACCUGGUCAUGUCGCCCUCAUCGCGGGGUUGUACGAAGACGUGGCAGCAGUAACAACAGGAUGGAAACUCAACCCGGUCAACUUCGACAGCGUCUUCAACAGAAGUCGACAUACCUGGAGCUGGGGAAGUCCGGAUAUCUUGCCCAUGUUCUCCGCCGGUGCUGUACCAGGCCGAGUCGAAGAUCAGAUGUACGAGGCUGAAUUUGAGGAUUACAGUAAAGAUGCUACGGAGCUGGAUCACUGGGUCUUUGAUCGCGUUAAGAAGCUGUUCGAGGAUGCUGACACGGACGAAGAGUUGAAUGCGAGGCUAAGGCAAGAUAGGAUUGUGUUUUUCUUGCAUUUGCUGGGCCUGGAUACGACGGGACAUGCGCAUCGGCCGUAUUCGCAGGAGUAUUUGAGGAAUAUCCAGAUUGUGGAUCAGGGUGUGCAGAAGAUUACGGAGAUUGUUAAUCAGUUCUAUGGGGAUGAUAAGACGGCUUUUAUUUUCACCGCAGACCAUGGGAUUAGUGAUUGGGGGAGUCAUGGAGAUGGACACCCGGAUAAUACGAGGACGCCACUGAUUGCCUGGGGGUCUGGAGUUGCGAAGCCGAGGACGGUGAAGAGUGGCAAGGCACCGGGUCAUGAAGAUGGCUUCUCGAGUGACUGGCAGCUGGAUCAUGUUUACCGCCAUGAUGUUGCUCAGGCGGAUAUCGCGGCUCUUAUGGCGUACCUUGCUGGCCUGGAAUUUCCGGUCAACUCGGUUGGAGAGCUCCCGCUAUCGUUUCUGGGCGCCACUGAUGAGCAGAAAGCAAAGGCUCUGCUUGUUAAUGCGAAAGAGAUUCUGGAGAUGUAUCAUGUUAAGGAGCGCGAGAAGGUGGCCGAAGUCCUACAUUACAAGCCUUACUCUGGCUUUGCUAAAACCAACAUCGAGAAUCGUCUAGCAUCGAUUGAGGAACUCAUCCGGGAACAAGAUUACACGACCGCAAUGAAGCAAUCUGACGAGCUGAUUAAGAUUGCCUUGCAGGGCCUAAGGUACCUGCAGACCUAUGCGUGGCUAUUUCUGCGAACACUGGUUACAGCAGGCUAUCUUGGCUGGAUCGCAUUCGCUUUCACGACAGCCGUAGAUGUCUAUGUGCUCGAUGGCAAGAUCGAUGUGCAGAGGCCACCCGGACUUAUUAUAACUUUUGCCUCGAUCCUGGUCGGGCUUUACAGUCUGCUCAUUUUCCAGGCAUCACCGAUCACAUAUUACGCGUACGCCUUCUUUCCAGUCUUGUUUUGGGAAGAGGUUUUUGCGCGGUCGAGGGCGUUGGCCGAGGGCAAGAAAAAAUUGUUUUCGCAGUUUUCGAAGAGUGAUACAGUUAAGUUUGCAUUGAACACCGCUGCAUAUUUGGCAUUGCUGGAAGUCAUGGUUCAAAGCUACUACAAUCGACAGGUCUAUACGAUUGUCUACCUGACCGCUACCGCUUGGCCACUGCUCCACGGUACAGACUUUGUCAAGACAAACUUUUUCCUCUGCACUACAUGGGCACUCUCCUGCGCUGCUAUGAGCGUCUUCACUCUUCUACCAGCUAACAAAUUGGAGGAUAUAACCCUCAUUUCUGUCGGUGGCAUCCUAAUCCUUCUAGUCGGUUUUUUGUAUAUUGCGUUUGAAAAGAGACUAUUGGUACAGACUUUGCCCUCAAAAGAUGGGCUGAGCGCAGCAGAUGCCGAUGGUGUGUCGAGAGCGAUCCUUGGUUUGCAGGUCGGACUGGUUGCUCUUGCAAUGCUUGUCACAAGGUCGAGUGUGGCUUCUUUACAGACGAAGCAGGGACUUCCGCUGGGAACACAGAUUGCUGGGUGGGCUACGCUGGUUGCAUCCCUCGUCCUGCCCUUUGCCCAUGUCUUGCGUCCACGAAAACAUUAUCUCCACCGCCAUAUGAUCAUUUUCCUCGCACUCGGCCCACUCUUCAUCAUCCUCACAAUCUCCUACGAAGGACUCUUUUACUUCGCCAUUGCUAUCACCCUCUUCAGCUGGGUCCAACUCGAACACAGAAUACAUCAACGCUCUAAGAACGGCAGUACCCGCAACAUCAUGUCCAGCGACGAUUCUCGUCCACCGGGCAACGCCAGGAACGCCGCAGCUAAUGGUUACGCCUUCAACACCAAAAAGGCCCUGAACGAGGAAAUUUCAACACCGCUUGCAACAGCCGCCGAGGCAGCGAAGCAAAGAGAAAAGGCCGCAGAGGGGAACUACAGAAGUCUCAUCCUUUCAGAUGUAAGAGUCUCUCUGUUCUUCCUCUUCCUGCUGCACUCCGCCUUCUUCAGCACCGGAAACAUCGCCUCGGUCUCCUCAUUCUCGCUGGACGCUGUCUACCGGCUACUUCCCAUCUUCGAUCCCUUCAGCCAGGCGGCUCUUCUCAUCUUCAAGAUUCUGGCUCCUUUCGCCCUGGUUUCUGCCAACCUUGGAUUUCUGACCAAGAGACUGAAGCUUCAAAGUGGGAGUCUGUUCACGGUUGUCAUGGGCAUCGGUGACUACAUGACUCUGCGCUUCUUCUGGGUAGUAAGAGAUGAGGGGAGCUGGCUGGAGAUUGGAGAGAGUAUUAGCAUGUUUAUUAUUGCUUCUGCGUUAUGUGUUUUUGUUGCGGGGUUAGAGGCUUUGUCGGAGGUGUUUGUUAGAGGUGUGGAGUUUCAAGACGAUAUGUAG